AUGUUAAAACAGUAUGAUCGAUCAUUGUAUUACUGUGACUCUCGGUGCAAGAUGAAAUUUGAUUUCACACCAAUCGCUCAAUUAAACCCUGUUUCUGAAAACGAAAUUUGGAAAAUUAAAGCUCGAGUUUUCCGUAUUUGGCGAUUCCAAAACAAUGAUAAACCUAGAGAUAUUGGUGGACUUGAUUUGAUACUUGUGGAUGAUAAGAAUUGCGAGCAGAUUCCAAACCACUCACUUCGUUUCAAUUUCAUCCCUUUUGAAGAAUUGUUCUCUCGGUCACAUGACGAAACAGUUUUCCUUGAUGUUAUUGGUGAAAUCAUCGAAGUGCAUGGUUUAAAGGAAAUAAAUGUUUGUAACGCUCCAUUGGUUGAACAAUUGAUUGUGUUUUUUGGGAAAAGAACGUUGAAGACAUACAUGCGGAAAAUGACUAUCCAAAGUGCAAACUCACCGACAAAGCUCUUCAUAAAUUAUGAUAUUCGUGAGAUAAAUGAAUUCAAAGAAAAGAUGCCAAAAGAUGUCAUCUCCACUUCACCCAGUAGCUCCACAUUGACUUUGUCAAAUUCUGAGCCAGAUCACUAUUCAUUGGAUUCUCGUAGAACUAUUUUUCAGCUGCUUACAUCAGAUGAGGAAGUCAUUCAACUUAUUAACAAAUCAGCGUAUGAGUUGCUGGAGCAACAAGUUCAGUUCAACCGUAUGAGUGAACUCCCUCCAGAACUUCAAGCUUUAGAGAAUCGUCAGUUUGUUUUUACCGUCUACAAACCUUCUACAACAAAAAAUUUCAGACCAACAACCUUUAAAGUUGUUAAAAUCACUGAUGACCCUGCAAAACUUUCAAUGUUUCGCGGUGAUGAUGUCAACACGGCUGAUAUUGCUGCGAUUGGUCCUAAUUUCUCAAACUUCACAUAA